GUCUAGAAAAAAGAAAGUGUGAUAAUUGAGUUAUUUGGAUAAAAUAUAUAAUACUGUAUGUCUAUAUGCAUGCUCAUCUUCAUCAUACACAUUAAUAAUUACGGUAAUUAAUACAUGUUACUAUUUGUUAUAAUGUUAAGACUCAGAGUAGAACCGUGUAUUUGAGUCAGUUACUUUAUGUCUUGUAUCCUCCAAUAGAAAAACAGUGAUAAUUUCCGUCUUUUUUCCACUUGAAAAAACUUACAUGGUUAUCAGGGAGCCAAGAUUAGUUGGGAGUCACAGAAAGAAUGAACUACGACUCCCAACAUGCCCAAGGGGCUAAUGCCAGUCCGAGAAACACUUCCAGCUUUAGGGCAAAGGUGACCUCGCAGGGUCGGGCGGCCAAGUAGGGAGCCAGCGGUCCGCCUCUCUCUUCUGGUACCUUCUGGGAUUUGUAGUUCUUUUGACGGCAGAGCGCGCGCGCCAGGGCAGCUCUCGAACUACGACUCCCGUGAACCCCCGGGGCGCGGGCAGCGCCUGCGUGCCGAAGCCGCACGAGCGUGCGGGCGGUGCUAGGGGCGGGAGGAGUAAAGAUGGCGGCUCGGGGGUCUCCGCCUUCUGCUCCCGGCUGAGGCUCCGCGAGGGAGGCGGCGGCGGCGACCCGAGCGGCGACAGCGAGCGAGCGAGCGGCGGUAGUGCGUGCAGCUGCGUGCCGAGGCCGGAGCGAUGGCGGAGUUGGAGCACAUCGGCGGGAAGCGGGCAGAGUCGGCGCGGAUGCGGCGGGCUGAGCAGCUGCGGCGCUGGCGGGGCUCGCUGACGGAACAGGAGCCCGCCGAGCGCCGGGGCGCGGGGCGGCAGUCGCCGUCGCGGCGCGGGAGCCCCCGGGUCCGCUUCGAGGACGGCGCCGUCUUCCUGGCCGCCUGCUCCAGCGGGGACACGGACGAGGUGAAGAAGCUGCUGAGCCGCGGCGCCGACAUCAACACGGUCAACGUGGACGGCUUGACAGCCCUGCACCAGGCCUGUAUCGAUGAAAAUCUGGACAUGGUGAAGUUCCUGGUGGAGAACAAAGCCAAUAUCAACCAGCAGGACAACGAGGGCUGGACCCCCCUCCACGCAGCUGCUUCCUGCGGCUACCUCAACAUAGCAGAGUAUUUCAUUAACCAGGGAGCCAGCGUGGGCAUGGUGAAUAGUGAAGGGGAAGCCCCUUCUGACCUUGCGGAAGAGCCUGCCAUGAAAGAUCUUCUUCUGGAGCAAGUAAAGAAGCAAGGAGUUGAUCUGGAGCAGUCAAGAAAAGAAGAAGAACAACAGAUGUUGCAAGAUGCCCGCCAGUGGCUCAACAGUGGGAAAAUAGAGGAUGUCAGGCAGGCGCGCUCAGGGGCCACAGCCCUCCAUGUGGCUGCUGCCAAGGGCUACUCUGAGGUCCUCAGACUUCUGAUUCAGGCUGGGUAUGAACUCAAUGUUCAGGAUCUUGAUGGCUGGACCCCCCUCCAUGCUGCUGCACACUGGGGCGUGAAAGAGGCUUGCUCCAUCCUUGCAGAAGCACUCUGUGACAUGGACAUCAGAAACAAGCUGGGCCAAACACCAUUUGAUGUUGCUGAUGAGGGUCUUGUAGAACACUUGGAGAUGCUCCAGAAGAAGCAGGAUGUGCUUCGAAGUGAAAAGGAGACCCGGAAUAAGCUCAUUGAAUCCGACCUGAACAGCAAGCUGCAGAGCGGACUCUUUAAGAACAAAGAGAAGAUGCUCUAUGAGGAAGAGACACCAAAGUCCCAAGAAACGGAGGAAGAAAACAAAGAAUCCAGCAGCUCCAGCUCUGAGGAAGAAGAAGGUGAAGAUGAGGCUUCUGAGUCAGAAACUGAGAAGGAUGCAGCAGAUAAGAAGUCAGAAGCGACUGUCAACCAUUCCAGCUCUGAAAGCAAGAGGAGUGUUUCAGAGCAGACAUCAACACCAGCUCAAAAUACCUUCUCUGCCUCUUCUAGGAGAUACUCCUCCAGCCUUUUUAACAAGCCCGAAGAGCCCAAAGACGAAUCUCCUGCUUCCUGGAGACUGGGCCUCAGGAAGACUGGCAGCCACAGCGCGCUGAGCGAGGCCGCCAACUCCAGAGACGCCCUGAGGGACCGAGGCUCCUCCAUCUACCGCUCCUCGUCAAGCCCUCGGAUUUCUGCUCUGCUGGACAACAAAGAUAAGGAGAAAGAAAACAAAAGCUAUUUUAGUUCACUAGGACCCCGAAGGCUGAACAGCACAAGUGACAUUGAAGAGAAGGAGAACAGAGAAUCAGCUGUUAAUCUGGUGAGGAGCGGCUCCUAUAACCGGCAGCUGUGGCGGGAUGAAGCGAAGGGGAAGGAAACUCCGCAGACCGUCACUCCUUCCAGCUAUGUAUCAAGCUACUUGAAAAGGACUCCUUACAAAUCUCAGGCUGACUCAACUGCAGAAAGAACCGCAGACAAUGUCUCUUCGAGCACCCCGCUCUGUGUGAUCACCAAUCGCCCUUCACCCAGCACUGCCAAUGGGGUCACCACUGCCACCGCGCUCUCCACUCCUGGGACGGACUCUGCGGAGGCCAGGGAGAGGAGGAGGUCGUAUCUGACCCCUGUCCGGGAUGAGGAAGCCGAGUCUUUGCGGAAAGCGCGCUCCAGACAAGCUCGGCAGACCCGACGGUCUACUCAAGGAGUAACUCUGACAGACCUUCAAGAAGCCGAAAGAACUUUCAGCCGGUCGAGGGCGGAGCGGCAGGCCCAGGAGCAGCCGAGCCAGCAGCCCGCGGGCAGCGAGGAGCCGGAGGAGAGUGCUGAGAAGCAUGAGGCCGCCGCCUCGGACGCCGAGGACGCCCCGCAGGCCCCUGACAGCAGUCGGGAUGAGGAGCCUGUCUAUCGCCGUCUGAGGUGUUCAGCUCAGGCUGACAAAUCCACGACGCCAGUGUCUCCUUCUGCGUCAAAACCCUCCCUCUACGCCCAUCUGCGGACAAGCAGAUAUUCAGCCCCUGACUCUGAGAGUUCAGAGACGACCACAGACGCCGCAGCUGCCCCGGAAAUGGACAAAAACGAGAGAGAAGACGCAGAUUUGGACGAGCAGUCCUCCAACAGGCUGUCCACCCGCGAGAGGAGACGGCCCAAGGAGCGGCGGAGAGGCACAGGCAUUUGGAUAACGGAUGACGAUGAAACCGGUGGCUCGGAAGAGGGGAAAGAGUCAUGGCAUGAAAGACUUUCUAGGUUGGAAUCUGGAAGUAGUAAUGCUCUCAGCAGCGACUCUUACAGCGACCGGGCGUCAGCGAGAGCCCGCCGGGAGGCCCGGGAGGCCCGGCUAGCCAGCCUGGCCAGCCGGGUGGAAGAGGACAGCAGCCGGGAUUACAAAAAACUCUACGAGAGCGCCCUGACUGAAAACCAGAAACUGAAAUCAAAACUUCAGGAGGCUCAGCUCGAGCUGGCUGAUGUCAAGUCCAAGCUUGAGAAGGUGGCGCAGCAGAAGCAGGAGAAGUCCUCCGACCGGUCGUCCAUGCUGGAGGUAGAGAAGCGGGAGAGGCGGGCCUUGGAGCGGAAAAUGUCGGAGAUGGAAGAAGAGAUGAAGAACCUCCACCAGCUAAAACAGAUCCAAACCCUGAAGCAGAUGAACGAGCAGCUGCAGGCUGAGAACAGGGCCCUGACCCGGGUUGUGGCCAGACUCAUGGCGUCCAUCGAGUCCUCGGAAAACCAGGAGCUCUAGUCCUUGCCCCUCUUCUCCACCUCACUUCCCUCCUCCGCCACUCCAGGUGUUAACAGAACUGAAGUCCGACAACCAGAGGCUGAAAGACGAAAACGGUGCCCUCAUCCGAGUCAUCAGCAAACUCUCCAAAUAGACUGGCCUCCGGGUUUCCGGGGGAAAGAGCAGCCGCCCCCCGCCACCCCCUCUCCCAGCCAUCGCCUUCCAGCCACACGAAGUGAACGUGUUGGUGGAAGGACUCUCCGCUCUGCCCCCCCGUCACCUCCUCUGCUCUGUACAUUCUUCCCUGCACUCCCCACGCCCUGCUCUUCUGCCACCCCACCCGAGCGUGAUGACAGCUGUCACUGAAGAUGGUGAUCCUUUGAGCCACUUGAGCCGUCUGGAGAAGGCGUGCAGGCGUGCACCGGGCCCGCCGGGGGCCUCCCGGUUCCUGCUGCUCAGCUCCUUGUCUGUGUCGGACGUGGCCCAAACCACUAACCCGCUGCCUUUUGCACUGACCCGUGUCUCCGAUGCAGAGAAGUCCGGUGGCCACCGCAGGGGCCUGUCUGGGGGGCCGAGAGAAAGAGCAGAGGCCGCGGGCCUCAUCUCGGGGCGCCCCUCCGCCCGUGUUGCUAGUCGAUGCCAAGGGCACCGUGACUGCCGCCAGGGCCUCUGCCUCUCGUCACCUCUCAGGAACUGACCUCUCUCCAGCCGCUGGUGGCGAGAUCUGUUUGCUCAGCAGCCCAGAAACACCCACUGACUAGUCUUAACCCCUCUGCCCCCUUCCUCCCUCGCCGUCCCCAGGGCUCAGGUGAUCCGGACGUCCUUCGCUCCUCCCUCUUCUGUGCUGGCGCUCCUCUGAAAAGCCAGACCCAGACCGUGGCCUAAGUUUUCUCUCUCCCACUCUUCUCCCGACUCCUCUUCGCCCCCCCCCCCCGCAUUCCCUUCCCCCGCACAGACUAGUUUUCUUGAUCAGGAAAUCCAGGCUCUGCUGGUCCUUUUGACCUCAUCUCCCUCGCCCCGCUCAGAGUGAGGGUGUCAUUGCAGGGGGGACCACAGUGGGGCUGAGGGGACAGGAAUGGAUGGAAAGGCACGGAUGGUGCGGGCAGAGAGGCCUUGGCAGCUGUGUGCCAUGAUGGUGAGCUCCGCUCUUCCCAGUGGUUAGGUUUCGGGGAGAGACCUUAGUUUUUGUAGAAACGAGGGGCCGGAGUGAUAGCACAGCGGGUAAAGCGUUUGCCUUGCACACGGCUGACCUGGGUUCAAUCCCCGGCGUCCCAAAUGGUCCCUUGAGCACCACUCAAGGGAGUAAUUCCUGAGUGCAGAGCCAGGAAUAACCCCUGAGCAUCACCAAAAAGCCAAAAAGGAAAACGAACAGGAGAAAUGACUUCUUCACAGGGCAUUUGAAGGGGUGAAAUAUUUUCAAACCAUUCGGGAAAGUCCCAAAAGCUUGGAGUUGCAAGGGCUAAAGGUCAUCUGGUCCAGCUUUUCAUUGUGGGUCACAGCAGAUCCCUCCUCCCCCUGUCCAACCAUCGGCCACAACUUCUGAGCCGCAGUCAGGUGCUGUCAGCAGUUAUUCCUCAAAGGUUGGUCAACUCCAAUAACCAGAAACGCUUUCCUAGUCUGAGCAGAGGACUGCCUGGGACUUCUUGCAAAAGUCUAGGUACAGUUUUAAAUUACAGGGCCGGGAACCUUUGAUCUGCCAGGGGCCAUUUGGAUAUUUAUAACACCGGCCUUCAAAUACAGCCAGCAGGCCAUGGGCAGCUAACAAGAAGCAUCCGUGUCUGUCCCGUCAUGCACCAAGGCAGACCACAGGAUUUCACGGCCUUACACGGCCCACGGGCCAGAUGUCCCCAGCCCUGCUUUGUAGUGACAGCUUUGGACGUGUGCUGCUGGUGAGACCCCCUUAAUCUGGCUGAUGUUCCCAGGUCCUUUAGCCAUCCCUUCCCUGGAAAACGCUCAUACCCGUCUACACCUGUUGUCCUUGAGCCAAAACGGUCGUUUUAGAUAUGCCCACACCUGAGCAGACGACUCUGUUAGUCCAGCACAAAGUAAUCAAACCAUAAGUGCUUGACCGGGCCCUCACAGUGGUACUUAAAAGUAUUUUCUCUCCGUAGGAGUCUUCCCCCUUGUUUAGCGUGUGAGUGUGAAGGUCACUUGACUCGUCAUUCUGGCGUUGCCAGUGCUUCAAGCGGUCGAUUCUCCUAACUUAAAUCUACCUCUGUCCAGUUUGUCUCCGUGGCAGGAAAGCCGCCCUGUACGUGCACGGCCUUCUGAAGUCUCUCGCGCCCUGUGAGCCAGCAGGAGGACCCCGGAUCCGGGCCAGGAGCCCCUGGGCAGCCAUUUUCCAGGAGGCGCUACAGCGAUGAGCCUUGUGUUCGCGCGCGUGCUGCCAGCUGGGGUCUCAGGGACUGCGAGGCCUGAGGCAGGGUUUAAUCUCCCACUGUCCGGGCUCCCUUAUUCUGUGGGCUUCACAGCGGGGGGUCUCCUGGCACGUCUCAGAAGUGGGCGGUUGCUGCCUCUUUCUCAGAAAAAGAACAUUUGGUUAGUAAGAAGCAUCUUGAGCCCCUCACAUCUGUCUGGGGCCUGCGGAAAGGAGGGACGAGCCCCCAGGAUUCCCGGCCGGCCUGUCCUCUCCUGCAGCCUGUCCCGCUCUGGUGGCACAGCUCUCUCCUGCCAGCGGGUUGUCCCUGUGAGAAACGUCUCUGUGCUUUUCCGUCUCGGGGAGCUCGCCACCCAUGCACUAGUUCGUGGUGUUGGGCAGAGUCUGGCUUCCCGUCCUUCUCGUCACCUGCACUGACCGUGGCCUCGAAGCCACUGCACUUAGGGUGCUGGAUGACCCACCCGCCCGAUUCUGUGAUACUCGGUCAGGCCUGUGCCAUCACAGCUGCAGGCCCCCAGUCCGCAGGAGUGGGCAGGGUGGCACGGGGACACCCCAGGGCCCAAGCCGAAUGUGGUCCAGCUGUGCGCCUUGCACGUCUUCCCAUGAAGCACCAGGAGAGGAAGGAGUGGCUGAGCUGUCCACCCUCCACGUCCAUCAUGUCCCUCAGUCAGGCUGCAGCCCCUGUGGGCGAUGAGGUGGCCCUUCCAGACCUCCUCCGGCCAGCUUGGCCACUCACCCUGCUCGCCGCAUAAGGGCUACUGAUUCUUUCCCAGCAAACUCUUAAGACCCCCUGUCCCCUCGAGGGCUCUCGAGCAGCUGGGUCGGGCACAUGAUGAGACUGUUGCCGGGUGGUUGAGGGCGGUCUCGCCGCCCCCGGGUAGGCCCGGUCUCCCUGUGUCCCCACAGGGUGUUGUGCACGUGCCGGCUUCCUCGCCCGCCUCCCAGUGUGGGGGGGAGAAGCUUGGGUGGUUCCCUGAGGCCACUGUCAGUGGGGGAUGCUGACCUCUGCUUGGGGUCAUCCCCCACCCGCGCCCCAAACCCUGCCCUUGUCCCGAGUAACUUCUCUUCAACGGUCCCACUCAGGAAGCUAAGAUGCUUGGUCCCUACCUCCUAGCCUGCAAAUCCCCCACCCCUGCCCCCCACGAAAUAGAUGGGAACUGCUGACUCUGCUAGGGGCUGACGCUCAAAGCCCUGCCGUGAGUGACGUCUCUGGGUGAGGUCUCCUGCCCCGUGUGGCAGGAGCAGGAGAGCAGAUGGCAUGGAGAAUAGCCAGUGGGUUUCCGUUCAUUGCACUUCAAAGGGGAGAGCCCAAGAGCUCAACCCCUCAGCUUACGGGAAGGGGUUUUCCCGGCUUACCCCUGCUGUGACACGGACCAGGUCCUCCCAGACAGAACCAGGGGCCCGUCUGUGCCAGCAUGCACCUAAUGCGGUCCCAGGCCACCCGGGCCCACAUCUGGGCCCAGUCGUGCUUGCAGCUCCUGGUCCCCAGGUUGGUUUUGAAAGCAGAAGAAGGAGAAGGAGGAAGUCCUGUUAGGUCAGCACGUCGGGGUUCCAGGCGGGGGCCCUGGUCAGCCUCCUGACCGGGGACGGUCGCCUGCCCCCGCUGAGAAUGAGGUUGACUUGGAUGGUCUUUCAGAGCCCUUCAGACUGAAGGGAUCUCCGGGGAAGAUCAGAGCGCUUCUUAAACUCAGAAUUUUGCUUUAACUUUCCACAUCCUUGUUUUCUUCUGGAUUCCAGCUGUUUAUCGCCAGCACGUCAAGGUUGGCUUCUCGUCGUCGUUGUUGGAAAGUGACUUGGAUAUUGACGGUAAUUGAAUGGUGGUGCGAUUGCUUUUUCUCUCCUAAUGGCUUGGUAAGAAUAUUAAAACCUGCAGAGGUGGAAAUUGGAGCUCAGGGGGAAGUGGAUAGAAAGCAAUUUGUUGCAGGCAGCCUUUGGACAAAUUGUUUUAAUAGGAAAUAGAGCUGUGCUCCGUAGACUCCUCCAGCUACCUCUCCUCGGCCCGCUCGUUGCAGGUUGCGUAGCACAACCUGGCCCAGAGUCUCGAGCUCUGCCUCAGAGCCGCAAAGGGGACUGUCCUCCCUCCCGGCCUCUACCUGCUGGCACGCUGGGCCCCGGGCUCUGAGGAGCAGGCAGUGCCCGUGCUGUUCGGGGCGCCCUACUUUUAGAAGGGGUCAGCCGUGGCGGCGCGGUACAGGAGGCCGGCGUGCUGCUGGCCAAAGAGCUGCACUCAGAGCCGCACUCAAGUCAGCAGGCCCUGGGCAGAACCAGGUGUGAGUGACAGUGGGACGCAGGGGCAGAGGGCCCGAGAGUGAGGAGGCCUGUGUGCCGUGGGGGGAGGGCCGAGUGCCGAGUGCCGCUCCCCAGGUGCCAUCCAGGGGCAGAGAGUCCAUCAGUGUCCCUCGUGGGUAUGGUCAGCGCUCAGGGACAGCUGCUGAUGGAGCUCGCGCCCUGAUUAGGUUGGGAAACAGACCCUGUCUCGGCAGCCCGGGACCGCCCUUCCCGCAGUUCCUCGGGGAGGAGGCGCGUCCUCGGGGCAGCUUCUGAGCCCGCCUGCAGCUGCUGGGGAAGCAGAGGCCGGCCCCCAGCACAGUGGUCAGGGUCAGGGGGGGCCUGGACAGGACCUGCGUGGGGCCAGGAGCCUGGUUGGAAGCCCCCCCCAGCCCCCCAAGAAGAGAAGCAAAUAGGUGGGUUUGUGUCUCGACCCGACAGAGGGAUGUGGGGUCUGACCUCGGGAGGGUUCUCUUGGGCCCGAGGGGCAGAGCAGCAGGGAGGGCGUUGGCCUUGCACGCAGUUUGACGUCCCCGCCAUCCCGUACGGUCCCCUGAGCACCGCCAGGAGGGAUCUUGAGUUCAGAGCCAGCCCUGAGCAUCGCCGGGUGUGACCCAAAACCAAAAAAAAGGAAAGGAAAGGUUCUCCCGGGCUGUGGGCUCACACGCCCAUACUCCAGCAACGGGGUUCAGACGGAGCCUGCAGAGCCUCGGUUAGCCAGACACCCCCCCGCCAUGUCUUCCUCGGAUUCCUGUUUCCUGCUUUCCCGUUCCUUCCCGUCCCCCACCGCCUCCCCCGCCCCCGGGACCCCCUGAGCGCUCUCCACCCCAUCUGUUUAUCAUUUUGGACCCUAGGCCUGCCAGAGCGAUAUUUUCUGUUCUUUCUCCUCCAAACUUUUCUCUGCCAUUUCCAUAAACUUUGUCGUGGGUGGCCCCUGAAGGUGACAUCAGGAUGCUCUGAUGUCCUUCCAGCCCCAGCAGACGGGUCACCCCUCGCCUCCCUCUCCCCCUGCCCUCCGCAGUCUUUGCUCCUGGCUUUUCUCACGUGGAGCUGAUGGAGAAGAGGAUUCCCACACACCAGCCGGACUCCUGGGGGAGGUCCAGAAGCACCGUCGCCCGCCCCAGUUCCGUGCGGUGCUCCCAGCUGUGCUGACCAGCUCCUGGGGAGGAGGGUGAACGGCCAGGAGACCCCAAGACCCAGGGCAGUGCCCUGCUGUGUGCGGGACCCGUGUCUCAGAUGCCCCUGCUCAGUGUGGGCGUUUCUGGCCCGGGGGUGCCCGACAGAAGACGGUGGAGGCUGCGGGGGCGGGGGGGAGGGGGGUUCUCAGAGAGCCUCAGUGCUCAAACCCAGCACUCCUACAGGGGCCUCUCACCUCCCCUUGCCUCCUCCGCUUGCUUCCCCUCCCCCCUGCAGGGCUUUUGGAGGGGUGGGGGCAGGGGGCAUCCAGGCAAAGGGUCUGAAACACAGGAGAGGGGCCGGACAGAGCAGGGCCGUGGUGUGGGGGGGCCGCAGCAAUCGCUCGAGCCCCUUUUCCAGCCUGUAGCCCACUGCCCACUGCCCUUUCCGGGCUGGGCCUGACCCCCGGAGAGAGAGGAGGCCCCCUGCUCCCCAGCUCUGGGGUCUUCGCCCUCUGCUCGCCCCGCUGCAUCAGCACCGGGAGCCACUGCAGUGUCCAUCCUCUCCGGUUCCCGGGGUGGCAUUCUGGGAGCACCCUCACCCCCCCCCGCCCCGCCCCCGGCCCCUCCCGCCAGCACUGUUACCGCACCAGAGGUAAUUCUUCAGCAGAGUUGUGGGAUUGACUUCAGUUCGUUGUAAAUACACCUGGGGCGGGCGGGGGCUCGGGGAGGGCGGCCGGCUCUGCUUUGUGAACCUGAAUGUAUUUUUAUGCAAUUUUGAGUGGCCUUUCAACCCUGAGAUGAAUGACUUCGUUUUACUGGUUGUUGUUAUAUAGUAUUAUUAAGCAUUCUGUGUUUGAAAGUUUGGGAAUAAUAAUAUUCACAUCUAUAUGAUGCCUGGAAACACAACAGUAUUUAUAAAUGAGUAAAUAAAACUGUGUUUUAACUUUG